UGAGCUGUGCCUCUCAGCUGCAGACCGAGAGGAGAGAAGAAAAGAGAGAGGGGAAAAGGGAGUAAUAAGGAGAAGAGGAGGAAAGCAGCGACACACUUGCAUCUGUUGUGGCAGCGUCCUGCAACCGAGAAGCAAAUGAGAGUGGGAGAUAGGAAGAGAGAGUACGCCACAGUGAGAGGAGAGAGAGAAAGAGAGGAGAUGUCAGACAGCCGUGUCCUUGAGAACUGCACCACAACUCUUUGAAGAGAGCCGGGAGACGGUAUCACAGCAGUUGGAACAGGUGACACAGAGAAGAAGGAAGAAGAGGACACCGAAUGGAUCCCUUCCCAUAACAUCAAGCAGAUGAAGUUAAACUACUUGCAAGAUGCCUUUCAACCUACACUGCAAGUAAGGUACACGAUGAGAGAAACAAAGAGCAUCGGAGAGACACUUUUCAGAAAGGAGGUUGACUUGACAAUGACCAGGCAUCGCCGAUGGAGUCGGUAGGACAUCCGUUAUCCGAGUGUUUUUUAAUGCACUCUGAACAAGAAAUGAACUUAUCGAAGGGUCCAUUGGUGAACAGCAGCAGUGACGAUAACUCCAAGUCGAACUAUAGUAAAUGCGGCGCUGGCGCCUGGAGAAUGCACCAAACUUAUGAUCAACUAGAGGCCAACCACAUGAGAGACGCACAUGCCCUCUACAACCCCAGGCUUCUCUGCAGAAUGUCCAGUAAGGAGCGCCACCUUGAGUCCAACUGUCCGUCCUCUUACAUAAAGACUGAGCCGUCUAGUCCUGCCUCCCUGACUGACAGCCUAAACCAUCACUCCCCUGGUGGCUCCAGCGACGCCUCAGGUUCCUAUUCGUCCACAAUGAACGGCCACCCCAACGGCUUAGACUCCCCGAGUCUGUACGGCUCCAACGCAGGGUCCCUGGGUCCCGCCGGCGGACCCGGAUCAAAGCGCUACGAGGACUGUUCAUCCACUAUUGGGGAAGAUUCACAGAUUAAGUGCGAGUACAUGUUGAAUUCCAUGCCCAAGAGGCUGUGUCUGGUCUGCGGGGACAUUGCGUCAGGGUACCACUAUGGAGUGGCAUCCUGUGAGGCCUGCAAGGCCUUCUUCAAACGCACCAUCCAAGGCAACAUAGAGUACAGCUGUCCAGCCACCAACGAGUGCGAGAUCACCAAGAGGAGACGCAAGUCGUGCCAGGCCUGCCGCUUCAUGAAGUGUCUGAACGUGGGCAUGCUGAGGGAGGGUGUUCGUCUGGACAGGGUUCGUGGUGGGAGACAGAAGUAUAAACGCCGGAUAGAUGCGGACAACAGUCCAUACCUGAACCCACAGCUGGCUCUGCCUCCCAAGAAGCAAUUUGCCUUUGGCUGCCUUGCAGAUAACAAAAUCGUCUCUCACCUGCUGGUGGCCGAGCCAGAGAAGAUUUACGCCAUGCCUGACCCGACAGUACCAGACAGCGACAUCAAGGCCCUGACUACGCUGUGUGACCUGGCGGACAGAGAGCUGGUGGUCAACAUCGGCUGGGCCAAACACAUCCCAGGUUUCUCCACGCUGUCUUUGGCAGACCAGAUGAGUCUACUGCAGAGUGCAUGGAUGGAGAUCUUGAUCCUUCGUGUUGUGUACCGCUCACUGUCCUUUGAAGACAAGUUGGUGUAUGCUGAGGACUACAUCAUGGAUGAGGACCAGUCGAAGCUAGCUGGACUUCUGGACCUGAACAAUGCCAUCCUUCAGCUGGUCAAGAAAUACAAGACUAUGAAGCUCGAGAAGGAGGAAUUUGUCGCUCUGAAGGCCAUCGCUUUGGCUAACUCAGACUCCAUGCACAUCGAAGACGUGGACGCGGUGCAGAAGCUCCAGGAUGUGCUCCACGAGGCCCUGCAGGACUACGAGGCCGCCCAGCACCAGGAGGACCCCCGCCGGGCGGGCAAGCUGCUCAUGACCCUCCCCCUGCUCCGCCAGACCUCCACCAAGGCCGUGCAACACUUCUACAGCAUCAAGCAGGACGGCAAAGUCCCAAUGCACAAACUGUUCCUGGAGCUGCUGGAAGCCAAGGUCUGAGGAUGGAACGACAGCCAGUCUGAAUCUCACUCUGAAUGACCUCUUGCUCUUUAACACGCACACACUCUAACACACACGCACCCAGACACAAAAAUAUGUCCCUUAAGUAUGUCUGCUGACACGUCCCCAUAUGAAGAAACGAGUAACCCGAAACCUCUCACCUGAACCCCUGAACCUCCACGGUCUUUGACGAAGGGCGCUCACUUGACCUUUUUGUUUUGGGGAAGAUGCUGACGGACUGACUUGACCCCCAUUUGACGAAGGAAAGAAGAUAUUUCCUUUUAAAACUCUUAUCAAUCACUCGACAGUUAACACAGUGAACAUUGAAGAGAGCAAAACUCUGAUGCAUUAAAUAACAAUUAAGAUGUUAUUAAAGACGACAUUUAAAAAGAAACUGAAAACUCUUUCAGUUCUGAGAGACUCUAAGACUGCACUCGUGUCUCCUUUCCCUCCCUAUUUCCCCCAACAGAGUUUUUUUAAGUGUUCAAGAAGAAAACAAGAGGAGAAAAAAAGAACACUGAAGCAGUAUUAAUGACAUUUGUUGUAAAAAGUACUUGUACAAUGAAAUGUGGAUAGAUGGACAGAAAGAAAAGAAGAGGAGAUUUGCCCUGCCAAAGAAUGGAGCUCACCCAUUCAGAGGAUGCCAGCAAACUUUGUCACAACUCAAAACUGUUUCUGGUUAAACUACCGGUUGCUUCUGGUGCUGCUGGUUUUCAGUUUCGCCAUUCAAAUGUUUCUGGUUGUCAUGAAAACCAGCAGAGCCAGGGCCAGGAUUAGAAACCACUGCUGUCAACACUCUCUGGUUCUCCCUAAAUUCAGAUCCUGGCUUCCCGGGUCUCCCCAACUUCAACUUUACUUUUAUUAGGAUCCCGGCCUCCAAAACCUGUCAAUAUAACCAUAGAAAUAGUGUUUGCAGUUUGCACACUUGACAAGCUGAAAAUGUUUCCAAAUAUUGAAACCACUCGAGUUUAUAAUUCAAAAAUAUUACCAAAAUAAGACUUGAUCUAUACUGUCAAAAACGGAUUCCUGCUUGUCCAACUGGUAGUUGUAGGCCCGGUCUACAUUCUCUGUAUUUAUUCGGUCAGACCCUCCUCUUGUGUUCUGAUGUCUUUGUGAAAGCUUUCAGCGCUCAAUGGUUCCGGUUUGUAGCUCUCCACACAAGUCAGUAGAGAUUUCAGUCUGUCAUCGUGCCAUUAAGAUUAGUCCAGUCCGUGCUCAUUACCCAAACUCCAAAAACCUCAAAGUGUCACUGCAGAACUUCCCUCUCGCUCCGCUGCAUUCACAACCUCCAGCUCUCCUCCUGCGUCAGCAGAUAUUUCUGUCAUUCAUUCGAAGAUUGCAGGGGCGCUUCAGUCACUCGAUACAAUACAAACCAGAAGGAAAGGUGUGCUGACAAAACUGACUACUGAAGAACAACUAUUGUUGCUUUCAAACUCUUAUUUAUUUUCUUUAUUUCUAUCUUGAAAAUAAUCUUAGCGAUGAAACCAGUACUAGGGUUGUAAAUAAUUGUCAUCCUGUAUAUGACAUAUAACACGGCUUUGUUUUUGUUAUUAAUAUUGUCUUCUUAAAACUGAAUCAAUCAAUAUGUCUUUCCUUUUUUCUAUCAGCUUGACCACUUUCAGCAAUUAUCAUAUAUAUAUAUAUAAAUAUAACAAGUAAUAAUGUAUUAACAAAUCAGCGUUUAUCUUAGAAAACUCUGAGCAAUAGUGGUUUUUAAAGGAGGGUUUUGUGCAUAUGGACUAAGUCUGCAAUAUUAACAUAAUGUGCCAGUCUUAAACUCGGGAAAGAGAGAGGAUGGGGGUCAGAGGGGAGUUUCUCAUUCUCUCUGUGUCACUUGCCAUGCGCUAUUAGAUAACAGUCAAUAUUUUAUUUGUAAGAGGAAGCUAGACAGGAAUAAAUAUGGACCAGAAAUGUGAGGAUGAGAUGCUAACGCUGCCGUCACCGAAAAGCCAUGUGAACAACGCAUGUUUGGCUGAAGAACUAACACAAGCAGCUAAGACUAACAUGAUCCCAAGUUGCACCUUUGUUGUGACCAUGCUCUGUCACUUUAAAUCUAAUUAAACUAGACAGUUAUUUAUUUGAAAUCAGCUGUUCAGUCAAAUGUAGUUUUUGUCCUCAAUGCGUAUGUUUAUUUAGCCACGUGGCCGAGUGUGGGGACCUUCAGAAUAACCUGAAUCUGAAUCUGUGCUGAGGGAAACAGUGCUACAAACAAAAGAUCGCUAUUGCACUUGUUGUUGUUUAUAAGCAUCUAUGACAACAUCUUAAAACCAAUGAUCCUACCAAAUACAGUAGAAAUUGAUGGAAUUAAUUAUAGGUAAUCUUUAGAUUAAAUUAUACAAGGGAAUUACAAAAAUAUGACUGAUACUCAUACAUUUGAUUUUAAGCUUGUCUACUUGUACUAGUGAUGUACUAAAUAUGUACAACACUAUAUGUAUUUCAAGUCUCAUCAAAUAUAAUUUUUAGGGAAGUUGAUUCAAUUCAAUAAUUGAACUUUUUAAAUUGUCAUUUUUUAAAGAGAUUUUCCAGGCAUUUUUCAAGUCAAAAAUGGCCGGUUAUAUUUAAGUGCAGGGUUUAUUGGCAAGAAAUGGAAAGCUGAGCUUACAGGAAUCUGUGUGACAUUUUACAGUCAAGUGAAGAAUCAUUGAUUUCAUCGUUAAAGCAAGAUUGUAUGGCUGACUGAUCACACCUUAAACAGGUGAAGACAGUCCAGGGAUUUUUUUUAAAUGUCAUUUUUAAAGCCGAAUAAGAAUGCCAAAAUGUGUAAUGUAGACGACAGUGUAAUCUAAUAUAAAAUGGCGACUUGUCACAGCUGAGGAGUGCUGCAGUUUAGGUGUAGUCAUCACACGCUCUGUAUCAAACAUCAGUAUUAUUAGUAAGGGGUAUUUUCUCAGCCUUCUUAAACAUUGUAUAUUGUAAAUUAUACAGAUUAUAAUUCUAACAUAAGACAUUUUAUUGGAAACAAAAUCGAGAAAAAAUAAAAAAAUGUAGUUCAGCCUCGAUGUGAGUUCCAUGUUGGUUGUUUUUUCUAUCAAGAAAAAAACCAGUUUCUUUAGUUCUAUCCGUUAUUUAGUUUGAAAGUCUUUCUGUUCGAUCUUUUCCUCCUUUGACGAGUCCUCUAAGGCGUUGCUGUGUACUUUGUCUUGUGGUGAUUCCCGUUCGUGUGCCGUGUUCUUCUUCUUCAGACUACACGGGGUAGAGCAGAGGCCAUGUUGUCUGUCUGUCUGUCGGACACUGGGUUCUCUCUCAUUGAACCGGAUAUAAGGCUCUUCUUCAUUUAACUAGACCACCAAGAUCUAAUUACAGUAUUCAUCUUUACCAAACUAUACAUAAUUCAAUAUUUAGUAUCUAAAUGAAGAAACACCAUACAAGUAUUUAAAGAGGGAUCAUUUGUGUAACUUUCCUGUAGAAUAAACAGUAUACUGUAUAUCCUUAGGUUUAAAUAACGAUGAAAUGAAAAGGACAUUUGAGUCAUUUCAGAUCUGUAGGUGACUCUUUUUUUAUAAACUCGCUGUACAUAACUGCGUUCCAUACAGCUCGUCAUCGUUACAGUUUCAGCAGUCAAAAAGAGAUAAUAUGAAGACGAAAAACGUUUCCCCCCCAUUGUUGUGUCCGGUUUUCGCUCAUUUAGUGGAAAACAUCUUGUUUGACAACAGAGAGUAACAGACAUGUCAACAAUAAGACUUGAACUACUUUGUGUGUUGAUGGGAAAUAGUCACUCAUUACAUUUUGGGACGCAUUUCUGCUUUAGCCCAGGACUCACAAAGUCAAGAUCUAAACUCAAGUCUCCUUUAAUGAACAUGUUGAUAUUCUCAUUGUACCUCUUUAUACACAUUUAUCAAUGAUGCGCUACAAAUGGCAUUUAUUCAAAAACUCUAGGACCCGUCAAAAUUCUUAAACAUGAACAUUAAUGGUUUUAGGGAAGAAAUACAUUGAAAUAAUUUCACAGGUUAUCUAAAUAUAUUUUCCUGUUUUCAUUGUAACUUAAAACACCAUGUCAUUGUCAGAAAGAUGGGGUUUCUUAUUAUCAUCCACUGUACAUUAACCUACACACAACUUAUGGAAGAAAGGUGCUCUUUUCUUACUAUUGUUUCUCCUCUGUUACUGUUUUGAAUUAUUUGUCAGUUGUCAAACCUAUCCUGUGUACUUCUGAACAAUUUAAUGCGAUGAAAGCUGUCACACACCUCUCCUUAUUUAUGCUGAGUUAGAAUUGGUUAUAAUCCAUGUUUUCAAAGGAAUCAACUGCAAAUAUGGAUAUGUAUAUAUUUGUUCUUUUUAAUUAACUUAAACAUCUAAUUAUCCUUGUCAAUUAAGUAAUUCAUUGAAAGUGAUGGUCCUGACAGGAAUUGGUCUUCCUUUGUUUUGCUGGUUAAAAAAGAAUAAAUCUAGCAGCUAAAAUCAGGAGGGAGAUUGUGUGAUUCUUUCCAAGGGUUUGCUAGAACUUGCUGCUCAUAGCCAAUAUAUUGUUUAGAUAUACAAGACGCAAGUGUUUUCAUACAACACUUUUUUUCUAGUUUAAAAGCAAUAUUUUGAUAACUGUGCAAUGACGAGACAUGAUUGCACUUUUUGUGUUUUGUGUUAUACAUCUAAAUGCUGUUUGCUAUUAAAUGAUUCAGCGGUUAAAGUUUAAACCAUAUAAAUGACAACAAACCAAACUGGUGUUUUCUAUGAGGAGCGUUGGAAGAAGGACUGUGUGGGUUUUUGCAGAGCCAUCGAUAGAAAGAGUUUGACCUGGUUGCACUUUGGGCGCCAUCUUAUCGCCCGCGUCUGGAACUUAGAUCCAUUAGCUGCAAAUACUCAAUGUAACAAUAGUUUAACUGGAACAGAGGGAGUUUUUUAGGCAUAGGGACAAAGCAGGAUUGUCCAUCUACCAUGGCUGCCCCUGAAAUCUGCUAAGGCCAAACUGUGUCUAGCUACAGCUCUACAGUGUUUAGUCAUUUAGUUGUAUUUAAUCCCCAGAUGUAACUGCCACUUUGUGCUGCAGAUACCCCUGCAGUCUGAAUUUGCAAAUGUGAAGAAAGUAUUAAAGGGAAAGAGAACAAUGACACAUUUGGAUUCAAAGGAUAUUUAAAAAAGACCGGCUUUGUGGAGAAGAGUUGUGUACGAGAGACGACCCUGUAGUGUUAUUAAAAAAAAUGUCUGUAGAUUUUAGAUGUGCUUCACAUCAGUAAAUGAAAAAAAGAAGAAAAAAAAAAGAAACAAUAACCUGUAUAUUUUUGUGACGUGUAUCAUACAAGUGUGCUCCAACAAUAAUGUCCAUUUGUGUAAAUGUAUUUAUUUCACAUUGUAUAUAUUGUUCAAUGCAAAAAGAGAGACCUAUGAUUCUGUAACUUAUACUACUAUGGGUUGAAACAUUACAUGUGUUACUCCAGACUAUGCCUUUCAGGAUUAUUACAGUAGAGCAAUAUCAAUUAAAACCAGGCUUCCAGUUUUGACA